CAAUAUGGAGGCGCUCUCCUUGCUUCUUUUCUUAAACGUUAUAAGAUUAUUAACUGCUCAGUAUAAAAAUUACUCAUAUAGCACUUUGUGUUCGGUACCAAAAUCAGAUUUCAACUCUAAAACUCUGAAAGUGACCAGCAUUUCGAAAUCUGAUGAGGUAUUUUACAAUUGUACCGAAUCUUGUGAAGUGUUUCGAUUUUCUUUCGCGGCCAUCGACUUCUUGGCAGAAGUAUUUAACUUCAGUUAUCAGGUGAUAAAACCCGAAGAUAAUACUUUUGGAAUCAAAGAAAUCAUCAAUGGCACCGUCGUUUGGAAUGGGAUGAUCAAAAUGCUCGCCAACGGAGAGGCAGAUUUAGCUGCUGGUCUGUUUUUUAUUACCGAAGAGCGCAAAGAAGUUAUAGACUUUUCACUUCCAAUUAUAAACGAUCGUAUGGGAUUAAUUACUCUUUCUCCCAAGGAAGCUGGAAAUUAUAAAGCUCUGUACGCUCCUUUUGACAGAAAUGUUUGGAUAAUAUUAAUUAUCACAUCGUUCAUCAUGGUACCUAUUAUAUACGGAUGCUUGAGAAUGGAUAGGUAUAUGAGAAACGAUACAAGUCCAGAGCAUUACUUUACGUUUAGAGAUUGCAUUUGGUUCGUGUUUUCUGGUCUUGUAAAGCAAGGAACUCCUCGUUUACCUCAAUUUAACUUGGCACGCAUGCUGUUUGCUACCUGGUGGUUUUUCACGCUUCUUUUAACAAGUAUAUAUUCCGCUAAGUUAGCAGCUUACCUUACCUUGCCUUCGUUCCACAUCAUAGAAAAUUUGGAUGCCGUGUUAGAAAAUCCCAGUUUGAAAUGGAUUAUUCAGUAUGGACAUGCCAUUGAUGGACUUAUUCAGAAUCCAACUUCUAGUGUAUUUCAAAAGCUUCAGACUUCUAUGAAGAAAGGAUUUGGUAUCAAAGUGAACUCUACGGAAGAAGCUAUGGCUCUAGUGCUUAAAGGAGGUUACGUGUACAUUCAAGAAGUCACGUCUUUAAAACAGAUUAUGUUGGACGAUUAUACGAAAACGGGAAGAUGCAGAUUCAUAAGAUCGUCUUAUGAGUUUUUCGAUAAUAAAUUGGCAUUUGGUUUCGCUAAGGGCAACAACUACAGUCAGCAUCUCAAUGCUCUAAUAUAUUGUCUGAAAGCUGCUGGCUUAAUUCAAAAAUGGAACCAAAGAUAUUUAGUAAUUCCAGACGUCUGUCGUUUGUCCAGCGAUUUGUUUCUGAGAGCGGAAGACAAGAAAUUGAAUCUGUUAAAUUUAUCGCCAGCCUUUUAUCUAUUAGCAGCCGGAUUAAGUUUAGGAUUUAUUACUCUAUUGUGCGAGAUAUUUAUUUUUUCUAGAAAGAAAAGUUCGGUUCGGAGUCAAUCUUAUACUGUUAAUAUUAAACGUUCGAAUAAAACGGGCUCGGAAAAAAAUGUAAACUGAAAUGCCGUGCGUGUGAAAUAAGUUGUGUUUUAUAAUUAAAUAUGAAAAUUGGAAUUUAUGAUUUUGUCGAGUGCUUAGGAUUUAAUGAAUACUUUCUUUCGAAAGUUGGUUUAUAUAAUAUUUAUAUACUUAAGUUAAUAAUGUAAAGGACUGUGUAAAGGAUUCGAUUCGGCAGCGUAGUG